UUGGGAAGCACUGCAGGUGACAGAUGAUGACAAAGGCGAUACACAUGAAACAGUACGUGACAAAUCCAUCAAUUUUCAAUUCAAUCAUCCCCAUAGCUCGGCAAUUUUUUUCUACGUCAAGUGCAGUAUCAGCCUUAGAAUCAGAAACUGGACCGGUACAAAAACGUUUUGGUUCAUUUAUUGGUGUUAUACAAGACAAAGAUCUUCUAAAAAAGGCUCCAAAUGGGGAACUUUUAGUACUGUAUCUUAUUGACAAUGGCGCAAUGGACCCGGAUGCCAGUUUAUAUAACCAGCUACUGAAAAAAUGUACGGAAUGGAAGCGGCUUAAAGAAGGCAAAGUGGUUCAUGAACACUUCCUGAGGUCGAGGUUUAGAAAUUAUGUUGUUCCGAAUAACACGUUGAUUAAUAUGUAUGCGAAGUGUGAAAGCAUGGAUGGUGCUCGCAAGGUGUUUGAUGAAAUGCCUGAGAGAGAUAUGGUUUCUUGGACUGCGUUAAUUACUGGGUAUUCGCAGAAUGAGGGUGCUGAGGAGGCCUUGGUUUUGUUUUGUGAGAUGGUGAAGUUUGGGUUUAUGCCGAAUCAGUUUACUUUUGGCAGUGUUCUCAAGGCUUCCGGGGCAUUGGACAGUGGUGGAACUGGCAGGCAAGUACACGGGGCGUGUGUGAAGUUUGGAUACGAGGAGAAUGUGUAUGUUGGGAGUGCUCUUGUGGAUAUGUAUGCAAGGUGUGGACUAAUGGACGAAGCGAAAAUUGUGUUUGACAAGUUAAGUUGCAAGAAUGAGGUUUCUUGGAAUGCUUUGAUUGCUGGGCAUGCUAGGAAAAGUGAGGGAGAAAUUGCUGUGAAGCUUUUCUCUGUGAUGACAAGAGGCGGUUUUCAGCCGACCCACUUUACAUUUUCAAGUGUUUAUGCAGCCUGUGCAAGCAUUGGAGCUCUAGAGCCCGGGAAAUGGGUGCAUGUGCAUAUGAUCAAGUCAGGGUUGGAACUUAUUGCUUUUAUUGGGAAUACUCUGCUUGAUAUGUAUGCUAAGUCUGGUAGCAUUGAUGAUGCCCGAAAGGUUUUUGAUAGGUUGGUGCAAAAGGAUGUAGUCUCUUGGAACUCAAUGCUUACGGCCUAUGCUCAGCAUGGACUCGGAAAAGAAACUGUAGAAUGUUUUGAGGAAAUGCGUAGGAUAGGACCUGAACCUAAUGAAGUGACUUUUCUUUGCGCUCUUACAGCUUGUAGUCAUGCUGGUCUUCUAGACAAAGGAAUGCAUUAUUUUGAGUUGAUGAAGAAAUUUAAGAUAGAGCCUAAUAUUUCACAUUAUGUGACCAUUGUAGAUCUACUUGGUCGAUCAGGUCAACUUGACCGUGCUGAAAAAUUCAUAAAUGAAAUGCCAAUUCAACCAAAUGCAGCUGUUUGGAAAGCUUUGCUUGGAGCUUGUAGGAUGCAUAAAAACUUGGAAUUGGGUGUUUAUGCAGCUGAAUGUGUGUUUGAACUUGAUCCCUAUGAUUCAGGGCCACAUAUUUUGCUGUCUAACAUCUAUGCUUCUGCUGGUAGGAGAAGUGAUGCUGCAAAAGUUAGAAAAAUGAUGAACGAGGGUGGAAUCAAGAAAGAACCUGCUUGUAGUUGGGUGGAGAUUGAGAAUGCUGUUCAUAUGUUUGUAGCAAAUGAUGUUGCCCAUCCGCAGAGAGAGGAGAUCCGUAACAUGUGGGAGAAGAUAACUGAUAAAAUCAAGGAAAUUGGCUAUGUCCCCGACACUAGCCACGUGCUUUGGUUUACGGAUCAGCAGGAGAGGGAAGAGAGAUUGCAAUACCAUAGUGAACGACUUGCUUUAGCAUUUGCUCUUCUCAAUUCUCCACCUGGAUCCCCUAUCCGUAUAAAGAAGAACAUCAGAGUUUGUGGUGAUUGCCAUACUGCAUUUAAGUUUGCUUCAAAAGUGGUGAAUAGGGAAAUCAUCUUGAGAGACACAAAUCGGUUCCAUCAUUUUCAUAAUGGUUCUUGUUCUUGUGGAGACUACUGGUAGUGCAAAAAUAAUCUCCACAUAUAUGCAAUGGUUAACUAUCAAAGGCUCGUUUAAAUUAGCUGUGGUAAUGUGAAAUCAUUCUGGACUUGACUAUCAUGUAGGACAAGGUUGGGAUGGGAUGAUGCAUGUUUUCUUACCAAAAUUGCUUGUUGGCAUAUACACAAGCAUCCUUUAUAUAUGCAGUCAUCCAUCAAAUGUACUAGAAGAUUCUUUUUUGCCUUAUAAGGCUGGUUCUGACUACUUUAUUGCUUUCUAGCACAUGGUUAGAAGCAGGUUACUCUCAUAGUCUCUGCCUCUCUGAAUAGCGCAGGAGUAACAACAUAAUGGCCAGAGGUUCUGGAAAAUACUGGUGCCAAUUGCCGAUGAUUUUUGCGCUUGUUGCGAGAUGAUUUUGCCACUUUUUGAGAGAAACUCAAGACUAUCUUGCAGAUUCUCUAGGGAAGCAUCUAGGUAUGAGCUGAAGGGACCUUUACCCGGAAAGACAGCUUGAUAUUUUAUCUACAUUUCAUUUUCUUAAACUGCAAAUAUUCACAGUAGUGACUAUGUACCUAGUUCCUACCAGGUGAAGGAAAAUUUGUAUUCUGUCCCUAAAGUUUAAGUACCUUGAGCUCUACCUGCUGUGUUUUGAGAGUGUGUUACAUUUUCUACCCCACUUUUUCUCUUCGUGUUCAGGCAUACAGUUACACAUGUCAGACAUUUAUAUGAAACUCAGGGUCUACUCAAUCAUGCAUUAAGGUCUUGUGAUAUACAAUCUUUUUGGUAAUAUCACAUACGAUGCUUCAUGUGCAGAUUUCUUAACAACAUGGGUCGAACUCUCUCACAGAAUUUCCCAUAAAGGAGUUAUUUCAGUUCUUAAAAAGCCUGUUAACACUACAUUUGCUCGGAAUCCACUCAGAAAGUGGAAAGGCCACUUUGUUUUCAUCUGUCUUGUGUAUAUCUGGUUUUUGUGCUGUGUUGGUUCCUCAUCAAUGACGUCAAUUGUGUUACUUGGUGCUGCAUACUGACGUUUAUGAUUUUUAACUGUCAAAAUAAACAGAAAUGAGUUAACGCUGCUCUCUUGAAGUUCAGGAACAAUACAGUUACAGGAGAACUUGAUAAUGGGGUAGCAGUGCAGCAAUGCAACUCUGAAAUGCUGAAAACCUUCUCAAAAUUCUUCUGGGAUGUGUAGGUAGCCAAAGCCUUGAGAAUGGCCCAAGAGCAUGGUUCGUGAAGGAACUAUGGUGGAGGCCAAUAUAUUCUGGAAAUAUUGUAUAGCACAUGGUGAAGCAGACCAAAGUUGAGAAUCUUGAUGUUGAAUGUGAGACUGGAGUAUGAUGAAGGACAGCUUGAAAUAAAAGAAACUAUAGCUACAGGGCUAGGCUAAUGCGAGUAUGAUAUGAUCAUCCCAAUUAUGCUUUCCUGGAUUAUAUCAUAUGCAUUUCGAUUUUUGAAUGGGGUUUUGCUGAUCGAGAUGCAGAGAAGAUGGAAGGAUGUGGCAAAGAGGAGAAGAUCCUUCACCAGAUCGUGUCAAAGAAGCUUAUCGCUUAUCUAUGUUUGGAUUGUGACAGAACAAACCCAAGUGCUUGUAGUGACAAAGUUGUUGUUCAUGAUUUCAUGACAUAACCCUUUAUGUUCCAUGCAGCCCAAGAAAGCAAGAAAUGUUGUAGAGUAACUCACUCAACGAACGCGCUUUCCCUUCCAGCCAGAAGUUGAUGAAACUAAGCAUGCUCGUGUAAAUUUUCCAUUCAAGUACAUUUACUGUUACUAGAAUUUGACGUGGUAACAAGCACAGAAGGGUAACAAGGAGGUUAUUUAGGGUAUCAUCAGAGAUUUUAUCAUUGUAAGUAGCUAUUCCGAGGUUCUUUUGGUUUUUAGAUGAUUAAUAUAAUUUAAGUCAUGUAUAAAGGUUUGAAUUAUUACCCAAACAUUUCUCAGUGAGGUAAUUAUUUUAAUGAUUAUUGAGUAAUUGCUUGUCUAAAUAGAAUCCGCAUUGUUCUGCUCGGAGUGACAUUGAUAAUAUAGUGGAGUAGUUAUUGCCUUAUUUGUUUC